CAAGCCGAGUGAGCAGUAAAACCCAUGAACAUCAGCCACCAGUUCACUGUCAACCUUCAUGCAAGACAACCACGACACUUACCUGUGACGCAUUAUCAGGUGGGGACAUAAUGGAAGAGAAUGAGGAGCAGUCGGACGCCCAGAAGUCUGAUACCAGUGUGAAGGAGGGAAACGAUGAGACAGAAAGCUUCAGGCUACACAUGGUCACAUGGAAUGUAGCUACAGCCGAUCCUCCUGAGGAUGUCACCUCUCUUCUCCAUCUGAACUCCCCCAAGAGCCCGGACCUCUAUGUCAUCGGCCUCCAGGAGGUGUACUCCGGCCCACUGAGGUUCAUGUCAGACAUGGCGUUUGAUGACCCGUGGAGUCAUCUGUUCAUGUCCACGUUAGCACCGCUGGGAUACAUCAAGGUGUCAUCCAUCAGAAUGCAGGGUUUGUUGCUGCUCUUCUUCUCCAAAGUGGACCAUGUCCCCUUCAUCAGAGACAUCCAGGCCACAUACACACGCACAGGCAUUUUCCAUUACUGGGGUAAUAAAGGUGGCGUGUCUAUUCGUCUGUCUUUCUAUGGCCACAUGCUCUGUUUCCUCAACUGUCACCUGGCAGCUCACAUGAAGUAUGCCACAGAGCGAGUCGAUGAGUUUGAGUACAUCCUGGACAUGCAGACCUUCGACUCUAGAAAGGCUCCAGGAAUCCUUGACCACAGGCUCAUCUUCUGGUUUGGGGAUCUCAAUUUCCGCAUCGAGGACCACGGCAUGCACUUUGUGCGCUCCUGCAUCAACAACACCACCUACAACCUGCUCUGGAGCAAAGACCAGUUGACCAUGAUGAAGAAGAAAGAGCCGCUGCUCCAGGAGUUUGAGGAGGGAGCUCUGGACUUUCAGCCCACAUACAAGUUUGACUUAAACUCUGAUACUUAUGACAGCAGGCCCUACAGGACAUGGUUGGCCUUUAACGGUAAGAAGCGUAAGCCGGCCUGGACGGACAGGAUCUUGUGGCGGAUGAGGCCCAGGACCUCUCCCCGUAAAGAAGAUGAUGAAGACGAGGACCCUGAGUUAGCUGAGAAGAAUGCUAAGCAGCAGGAAGAGGAUGAAGAGUAUCCUUUGAAGAUCUGCCAGGACAUGUACACCAGCAACAUGGAGUACAGCAUCAGUGACCACAAGCCUGUUGUAGGCACCUUCACCUUGGAGCUUAGGAAGAUGUACACAAGUCCUCUGGUGCGCCUGCAGCCGGAGGGCGAUUGGAGUGCUGACAUUGACGCCAUGGUUCUGUACAGCCCAUUGCAGCCCUUCCCCUCCAGUACUUGGGACUGGAUUGGACUCUAUAAGGUUGGCUUCACCAGCAUGUCAGACUACAUUACAUACACCUGGGUCAAAGAUGACGAAGUUUCCCUCAAUGAUGAACUCAUACAGGUAUAUGUCAGUAAGGAGGAGAUCCCUGUGCUGGGAGGAGAAUGCGUGCUGUGUUACUACAGUAGUACACUGGAGUGCAUUAUUGGAAUCAGUGAACCAUUCAAGGUCCACGAGUCCAAGGUAGCUAUUGAGGAGGGGUUGGUGCCUGCAAAAAUCAAUGGACUUGACAAGACCACAGCCACUUAAGACCCUCAGGAUCAGAAGUCCUAGAUGUGUUGAGAUAUAGAGGUGGAUCCACUUGGGCCCGCAUCUCCCGGACCACAAGGCUUGUAGUAACUGUGGUUGUGAUGUUUCCUAACCUGCCAGUGGCAGCCACUAAAGGAGCAGAUUAGGAAAUGCUGUGUGUUUAUGCUGUUACAGAUCCCCACUGACCUCCUCUGACCUGACAGCUCCAAUGCAACUGGUGCAGCUAUGGGCUACUCAGACUUACAGGGCCCGUGCACUUCUGUUUAAAGAGUGAACUCUCGGGUCCACAGGUUCUCUGUACACAGAUCAAGCAUAGUUUAAAGUCAGGUUGAAAUCAAAUCAGAUAACAUCUUACUCAGACACUAUUUAUAAUUUUGUUUUAGUGAGUUCAAAAUCCUUCAACCAGAGGGGAGAACGGGUAGAUUGAGAUGGGCUCGGAUACUGAGGUGUACAGAGGGAAAACAUUGGGAUAGACUCUGAUAAAGAUUAGGUAUGUAGGAUGUGUACUGGUAUGAAAGUUUGUGCGAUCAGGGAGAAAUAUGUGACUUGAGUGAAGGAAGCUUUCCUCACAGGAAAAAAAAAAAAAAAUCAAAACUGUUUUAACAAAAUUCCAGGUUUUCAUGCUCCGAUUGCUGUCCCGCCAACCUUGUUUAGUGUGGUUGAGUGAAACCUUCGAAUUCUAGCUCUCAGUUUUGUUCAUUUGGCAAGGUGAAAACGACCAAAUUAUGACACUCACCUCACAGCUGCUUUUUUGUUUGGCGUGAGAGUGCAAGCAUUUUACUGAAAUUCGGAAUACCUUUAUUUUAGCCACAUUUGGUUGAAAUAAGUGUGUUGAAAUAAGCCCCCUAAAAUGUCACCCUAAACAUGUUACAGCUAUAAAUGCAUGUAAAAAUACAGUUUCUGAAGAAACUGUAUUUUUAUUUUUAUAAUGCUUAUAGCCAAAGUGGAAACAAUCAGAUUUUAUUCUUUAGACACUUUACCUGGGUCGCCAUGAGAAUUUGUUCACAGAUGUUUUAUUUGUUAUUUGGCAAUUGGAGACAAACUGAGCCAAUGAAGAGUUGUAACUGGGUGGAGUAAUUCAUACAGGUCAAAAGACAAGCAAGCUAAACUGUCUCUGCUGUGUAAAAUGUAUAAAUUAACCCAGAACAUUUGAACACUCAUUCUUUAAAAUGCUAAAAUAAUUUUAUCAAUAAGAUGCUGAUUAAAACUGGAAUGGCUUGGCACCUGAUUUUAAUCAGCUGCAAACCAUGAGUCUGUAAAUGGAGGCAUGGUCAGAGCAUGAAAACCUGAGAGGUGCUAUUUUAGGAGUAACUCACCCAAAAUGAAAAUGAAGCUAUCUGCUGGCAUGGGUAUCAGUUGCAGUUCCCAUUGUAGUUCAUUGGACGGCCGAACACACACAGUUUUAGCCUCUUCACUCUCCAUCUCUGCCUUCCCUCAAAGUGCUGUAUCUUCACCCUGCCAGUGCUCUGGUUGUACCCAGUGACAUAUUACCAGGGUGACUUUUCAAGGAACUGAAAGGAUCCUUCAGCCCAUUGCGGUACUGGAUUUUCCUAACCAAUUUUAAUCCCAUUGUUGACAGAUUACUGACACUUUUUAGUGUUUUUCCCUAAACACAAAAAAUACCUGAAGCUAUGUUUUGACCCUGGCCCCUGUGGUCAAACUGCAGACAUUCGUCAAAAUGUUGCUCAUCCAUGGGGAAAGUUCCUGCUGUUGACCCUUGGAUUAUUCCAAAAAAGAGUAAAGAGUCUGUGGAGAAAUUUAGUGACCAUUUUGCUUUCUUUGGGAGCUGUGAAAAGACAAACCUAUAAACUUUAGUAGUUUGAGAGCGGGCUGAGAUCCAAUUGUGAGAGCUAACUCUCUAUUUGAUUUUCCAACUAAUUUCAAUUGAGUUUUGACUGAUAGCGAGGCGAUGGCAGUAGAAAAUGGUUGAACUUCAUUUUAAGGUGAACUAUUCCUUUUUAAAACAAUAGAUGAUAUGAUCCACCCUAUCCUUUACAAAUCAUUACACUCAAUAUGGAUUAAAAUACAGAUUUUUCAGUCUUGCACCAACUAGGCUUAUCUGUGUACUGUCAAGAAAACCAAACCCAAUGAGUCACGUUACUGAAGGAUGUUUAUAGAAUCUGGAUCUAUAUGGUUCAAAACUUAUUUUUGUGAGUUCACAUUAAAAAUGAAUGAAUAAAUCAAAAUACACUGGGCACGCACUUCUUUGUUAACCAAAUGGCUUCUUUAACUGGCUUGUGCUUUAUGCAACUCUUUUUAUUUUGUGUUAUAUAGCUAUGCUGACAUAGUUAAACACCACCUGAAAUGGUAUAAGCUCCUUUCCUGAAAAAAAUAUUUGAAGUCUUUUAAACCAGUGUUUUUGUGUUUUUCAUGUUUACAGUGGUAGUCUUUUGUAACAGCUGAUUUUAUCCCCAGAUGUUUACCAUUAAUCCGUAUGUCUUUGGGCUGAAAUCUUGAGGACAUUAUGUACUGUAAGGAAAUAUUAAAUCCAGUCUCGCUCUUACUUAAGCAUAUUUAAAUUGAAUUUUGUAACGGUAAAUUGUACUGUAAAUGGGCUCUAAAGGACAUUUAAGAGAAGAUUUUUCAGUUGUUCACAUUAACUUCAGUUUUUCCUCAUGGACUUGAAAAUCUUACUAAUUUGUACUUUUUUACAGUGCAGAUUAACAGCUUGCAGUUUCAUUCAAAGCAACAGCAUUGUGCUCUUUUUUAACAUCAGUCAUUCCAUUUUAUCACUAAUCGUUUCACAGCAAAAUAGAGAGGUAAAUAAAUAUUGCACUGUUUUAUUGUUGUCAUUGGAUAUAAAUUAAGUAUUUAUAGAUUUGACUUAAGUGUUGGUUAUAUGAUGGUUAUUUGUCAUGUUAUCAGUCUCUGUUGGGAAAAUAUAGACAUGUAUUUUUUAGGAAAGAAGCUGGAUUCAGUAAGUGCCUUUCAAAUGACUGUGGCUUUACAUUUUAUCUACUUUGCUGCUCAGUUCUGAUGCAAUGUGUAUCACCAGUAUUCAUCGGAUUAUUAUCAUAAGAAGACAUGAUGCUUAGCGCCUCCUCAGUGGGGUCGGCUUGAUUUCAGUUGUUUCUCUUCAGUUUCAGCCUUCAGCCGUGUGAAGGCCGGUUCGAAUGUCAUUGUUAUUGACUUGCUGGAGUCGCUCAAGUAUGUUAAUAUUAUGUAGUUUGCUUAAAGUCAGUUUAUAUAUUCUGUUAAGGGUGAUUUUAUUUCAUCAAGUAGCAGUGGAUAUGAAGUGCUGCAAUGUACUGUAACAAAACCACAACAAAUUUAUAGCUUUGCAUAAACAAAUAUUAAAUAAUUCUCACUUUU